AUGGCGCCCCGGAAAAUCAAGUGCUCCUUCAAGGACUGCAAAGAAGGCGCCCAGCGCAUUGCUGGCGACUGUGCCUUUUGCAACGGCCACUUUUGCGGUCGCCAUCGGUUACUAGAGGAUCACAAAUGCUCUGGUCUCGAGGACUGCAAAAAAGAGGCACACGAGCAGAACGCAGCGCAACUCGAGUCCGAGCGGACGCACGUCAUCAGGGGCGUCUAA